GGGGACUUCUAGCGGUGUGACUUUGCAAAGAUGGCGGUUUUGGGAGCGUGUGUUCGGCGGCUGGAGAGUGCGGUACAGCGGCCUGAAUUGUUACUGAGUGUGCAGGACAAACUGGCGUCGGAGUUCACUGCUCUCACAAAAGAGCUGUACGAUUUCCAGAAAACACAGGAGGCAGAUGGGGCUGCUGGAAGCCCAUUGCAAGAGUUGGUUGUGGAACAGUUUGAUGAAGAACAGAUCUGGCAGGAGAUUGAAUUGCAAAACCAUUCAGUACUAAACUAUUUCAAAGGGGCAGUGGCUUUCCUUCAUCGUGACAGUCUCAGCAAACUGAAUGGAACAGAAAAGGCAGCAAUUGACUCUCCUGUGGAAGAGUUAGAGAUAGAAGAUGAUCAUGAACUAGAAGAGAGCAGCGAUGAAGAGACAGAACUGAAAAGCAGGGAAGUUAGUGCACAGAAAUAUCUGUCUGAAGAGCUAACUGAUGAGGACUCUGACAUCAACUUUGACAUUGAUGAGCUUGCGACAAGGACUAAGCUGAAGAAGGAAAGCCCCAAACACCCAAGCUCUGAGUUAGAUGAUAAAUUUUUCAAACUUUCAGAAAUGGAAGCUUUUUUAGAGAAUGCUGAGAAGGAAGAAGCAAAUGUGGAGAGUUAUGAUGAAAUCAAUUAUUUUGAAGAUAUUCCUUCUGAAGAUGAAGAAAUUGUAAAAACAAAGACUAAGAAAAAGACUAAAAGUUCUAGGAACCUGAAAUACAAAGAUUACUUUGACCCGACUGAAUGUCAGGAACCUGCAGUAGAAGAUGGCAAAGCGGCAAAGCGAAAACUAAAGCCAGAAGAAUUUGGGAACAACCAGGAUCGAGAUGAAGACCAGGAGCAGAUAAAGAGAGGCAGAGAGGCUAAUGGAGUUUAUAAGAAAGUUAGCUUUGAUCUGUCUGAUGAUGAUGAAGAUGAUGACCUGGCCACUGUGACAGAAAAGAAGAAGCUGAAAGAUGAAAAAUCAAACUUUGAAAAACGACAAGAAAAGCUGAGAGCACAGAUUGAGCAGCUGGAGAAAUCCGCUCUGGAGCAGAAGCCAUGGCAACUCCUGGGAGAGGUCACCGCUCAGAAACGGCCUGAAAACAGCUUGCUGGAAGAGGACCUUCUCUUUGAUCAUACAGUUAGGAAGGCACCUGUCAUUACUGAGGAAACAACACUUCAACUGGAAGAUGUCAUUAUCCAGAGGAUUAAGGACCAGGCCUGGGAUGAUGUCUUGCGCAAAGAGAAACCAAAAGAAGAGACUUUUGAGUACAAAAAGCGCCUCACCUUGGACCAUGAGAAAAGUAAACUGAGUCUGGCUGCGGUCUAUGAGCAGGAAUAUCAAAAACAAACUCAGCAAAGGACUGAAGUGGAGGAAAACCAGCAGUACACGGAGAUCCAGAAAGCGAUGGAUUCUUUAUUCCUCAAAUUGGACGCUCUCUGCAACUUCCAGUUCACCCCCAAACCGCCUGUACCUGAGCUGAAGGUCGUCUCCAACCUGCCAUCCAUCAGUAUGGAGGAGGUAGCACCAGUGAAUGUCAGUGAGGCCACUUUGUUGGCACCAGAAGAGAUCAAGGAGAAGGGCCGAGCCGGGGUUCUCCAGGGAGAAAAUGAAAAGACACCAACAGACAAAAAGCGGGAGAGGAGACAAAAGAAGAAGCUGAAACGUCUGAGAAUACGGGCAAAAGAAAUGCGUCAGAAAAGUCUAGAAAAGCAGAACGUGAAAAUGAGCAAUAAAGAAGAGAAGAAAAUGAAUGUUCAGAAAGCACAGAAACUGGCUCAGCAAGGAAGGGUGCUACUGCUGAAGGAUGAAGGUAAAGACAAAACUCUGCGUUCAUCGAAAGCCUUCUUCUCCCAUUUACAAGACCAAGUGAAAGCUGAACUUAGUGGAGUCAAAGCUGCAGGCAAGAAGAAGAAUAAGCUUGGGAAACUUUCAGCAAACAAAUUGAAACUUUAAUACAGAUUCCUUCACAUGAUCAAGGCAGUGACAAUCCCACCGUGGUGCAACAUUGCUUUCCAAAGCCUAUUUUUAUUCAAAACAGGCUGCUUUCUAAAGAAGUACUACUUUUUUACUGUUUUUCACAGAAGACUACAUGUUGGACUCCUGAGUCUCUGAAAGAACUUUACCAGGCACAAUGGAAUAUCUGAACUAAACAAAAAUACAAACACUGACCAUGUCAGAUGGCUUCUGUGCAGUGAAUGAGAGGUAUUUCUGGUUGCUGACCUUUGAGCAGAAACAAAAUGUUAGAGAUGGAGAGGAAAAUAACAUCGUGGUCUGGGAUGAGGUGGAAAACAACAGAAAUGGAACAUUUACUAAACUUGGCAGUGCACACCAAUGUGACACAAAGCAGUGUUGUUUUCUGUGUUGGAUUGUAGCUUCCUAGUAGCAGUUUCUGCAGAUUGAUGGAUGGGAACCUGAGCAGCAGAUCAUGUGUUCAGAACAGUUUGUUUGGCUCACUGCAUUCAAUCACACAUUCAUUUUGUCCCAACACAGUAGGACAUUUGUAUUUGAUAACCCAAUCAGUAUGUGUACAUUCCAUUUGGAGUGUUGAAAUCUUUUUAAAAGUUUAAACUUUUUGUAUAAUUGAGAGAAUUUGAAGUUGUAUCUUGCCCACUAUCAAUGAAGAUUUGUUCAUCAGAUUUGUAUACAGUUUUUUUCUGUUUGAAGUUAGAAACAGGCCCAGGCUAUUAGACUUCUGACUAUGGUAAUGUCUGAUCUACAAGUCUGUGCCACAUCCUCAUUCCUCUGAUUUCUCUACAAUCUGAAAACCUGUCGUUCUGCCUUGAAUGUAAUUGUGACUGAGCAAAGAGAACCUUGUGGAUUCUUUAAAGAGUCCAUCAUAGGUUCAUCAAAGAUUCAUUGACCUCUGCAUGAAGAAAUUUCUUCCUGUCUCUGUCCCUGAAUGACCAUCACCUUAUUUGAAGAUGGUGACCACUGUGUAGAAAUUCCAACAUGGGGAAAUACUGCUAUGUGCACCAUGUCAAAUUGGAUAAUCUCUCACAAAACAGAAGGGUACAGGCCUAUCUAUGAAUUCUCCCCUUAUACAGCAAACUCCCCAUCUCAUGAAUCAACUUAGUGGACCAUCACUUCCUCCAUCCAUACAUCCUCCUUGUAUACAGAGACCAAAUCUGGCCACAACACCCCAGAAGUCGCCUACAAAGGGCUUCACAUAAUGGGAGUAAGAAGUCUCAACUAUUGUAUUCAGUUCCUCUUGAAAUAAAGCCCAACUUGCUGAGCAACACACAUCGAAUGGUGGAGAAACUCACCCAGUGAGUUGGCAUCUAUGGAGGGGAAUUGACAGUGGAUGAUUUGGGCUGAGACCCUUCGUCAGGUCUGGAAAAGAAGGGAGAAGAGGCCAGAAUAAGAAGGUGGAGGCAGGGGACAAAGUACAAGCUGGCAGGUGAUGGGUGAGACCAAUUAAGGGGAUCGGUGGGUGGGGAAGGGGGAAGAAACAGAAGAUCAUAGGAGAUGGGAGCAGUAAUAGGCUAUUCAGCCCAUUGAAUCUGCUCCGCCAUUUGACCAUGGUUGAUCCAUUUCUCUCACAACCCCGUUCUCCUUCUUUCUCCCCGUAACCUUUCAUGCCCAGGCUAACCUCUGCCUUAAGUAUACUCAAUGACUUGGUCUCCACUGCCUCCUGUGACAACAAAUUCCACAGAUUCACCUCCCUCUGGCUAAAGAAAUUCCUCCUCCUCUCCAUACUAAAUUCUGAGGCUAUGCUGUCUGGUCCUAGACUCCCCCACUAUAGGAAAUAUCCUCUCCACCUCCACUCUAUCGAAGCCAUCCCUCAUUCUUCUAAAUUCCAGUGAGUACAGGCCCAGAGCCAUCAAACACUCCUCAUAUGAUAAGUUUCUCAUUCACAGAAUCCUUUUUUGUGAAGCUCCUUUGAAUUCUCUCCAAUGUCAGACAAGGGGCCCAAAACUGCUCACGAUACUCCCAAGUUAGGCCUCACCAGGGCCUUAUAAAGCCUCAGCAUUACAUCCUUGUUUUUAAUAUUCUUGGCCUCUCUUAAUGAAUGGUAACAUUGCAUUUGCCUUCCUCACCACCGAUUCAACAUGCAAGUUAACCUUUAGGGAAUACUGCACAAAAACUCCCAAGUCCCUUUACACCUCAGAUAUUUGAAUUUUUUCCCUUUUAGAAAAUAGUCUACACUUCUAUUCCUUCUACCAAAAUACAUGCCCAUACACUUCCUGAUACUGUAUUCCAUCUGUCACUUCUUUGCCUAUUCUAAUCUAAGUCCUUCUGUAGCGCCUCUGCUUCCUCAACACUACCUACCCCUCCACCUAUCUUCGUAUCAUCCUCAAACGUGGCCACAAAUCAUUGACAUACAAUGUAAAAAGAAUCAGUCCCAUCACCAACCCUUGUGGAACACCACUAGUCACUAGUGGCCAUCAGAAAAGGCUCCUUUUAUUCCCACUCUUUGCCUCCUGCCUAUCAGCCAUUGCUCUAUCCAUUCUGGUAUCUUUACUGUAAUACCAUGGACUCUUAUCUUGCUAAGCAGCCUUGUGCGGCACCUUGUCAAAGACCUUCUGAAAAUCCAACUGAUUUUUCAUGCAAGAUUUUCCCUUGAGGAAUCCAUGCUGAUGUUGGCCUACUUUAUCAUGUGCUUCCAGGUACCCUGAACCCUCAUCCUUAACAAUUGACUCCAACAUCUUCCCAGCCACUGUGGUCAGGCUAACUGGUUUGUAAUUUUCUUCCUUCUGCCUCCCUCCCUUGUUAAAGAGUAGAGCAACAUUUGCAAUUUUCCAGUCCUCUGGAACCAUGUCAGAAUCUACUGAUUCUUGAAAGAUCAUUACUAACGCCUCCACACUCUCUUCAGCUACCUCUGUCAGAACCCUGAUUUACCUCACAGAAUCCUGGGGUGUAAACCAUCUGGUCAAGGUGACUUACCUACCUUAAGACCUUUCAGCUUCUCAAGCAUCUUCUUUCUAGCAGUAGUAACUGCAUUCACUACUGCCCCCUGACACUAUCAAACUGUGAGUGUCUUCCACAGUGAAGAUUGAUACAAAAUACUUAUUCAGUUUGUCUGCCAUUUGUUGUCUCAUUACAAUCUCUAGUGUCGUUUUCCAGCGGUCCAAUAUCUACUCUCGCCUCUUUUUACUCAGUUUUUAAAAAAUCUUUUGGUGUCCUCUUUGAUAUUAUUGGCUACUUUAAUUUAUAUUUCAUCUUUUCACUCAUUAUGUUUUAUUUGCUUUCUUUUGGUUUUUAAAAGCUUCCCAGUCCUCCAACUUACCACUAAUGUUUGCUUUAUAAUAUGCCUUCUCAUUUAAUGUUGGCUUUGACUUCCCUUGUCAACGUCCUGCCUUUAGAAUACUACUACUUCUUUUGUAUGUAUCUAUCCUGCACCUUCCGAAUUGCUUCCAGAAACUCCAUCCAUCGUUGCUCUGCCAUAAUCCCUGCUAGUGUCCCCUUACAAUCAACUUUGGCCAGACCCUCUCUUGUGCAUCUAAAAUUCCCUAUACUCCACUGUAAUAUUGAUGCAUCUGACUUUAGCUUCUCCGUCAAAUUGCAGAGCAUAUUCUGUCAUAUUUUGAUCACUGCCUCCUAGUAUGAUCCUUUACCUUAAACUCCCUAAUCAAAUUCUCUUCAUUACACAAUACUCAAUCCAGAAUAACUGAUCCCCUAAGUAGGCUCAAAUACAAGCUGCUGUAAAAGGCCAUCUCAUAGGCAUUCUACGAAUUCUGUCUCUUGAGAUCCAAAAUCAGUAUCAAGCUGAUUUUUCAACUUUACAUAUAUAUUGAAAUUUCCCAUGACUAUUGUUACAUUGCUCUUUUGACAUGCAUUUUCUAUCUCCUAUUGUAAUUUGUCACCCAUAUCCUGGCUGUUGGAGGCCUAUAUAUAACUCCCAUCAGGGUCUUUUUACCCUUGCCAGUCCUUAACACUACCCACAAUGAUUCUACACCUUCUGAUCCUAUGUCACCUCUUUCUAAUGAUUUGGUUCAAAUUUUUUACCAACAGAGCCACUCUACCCCCUCCGCUUACCAGCCUGUCCUUUGUAUCCUGGGAUGUUAAGCUUCCAACUAUAAUCUUCUUUUAGCCAUGAUUCAGUGAUGCCCACCUGCCAGUCUGUAACUGCUACCUUAUUCUGUUUUCUGCAUGCAUUCAAAUAUGACAUCUUCAGUCCUGUAUUUGUCACCCUUUUCAAUGUUGUCCCCGUUACACUGUCACUCAUCCCAUUGGCUGCAAUUUUGCCCUGUUAUCUGUCUGUCCUUCCUGACAGUCCCACUACACACUGCAGCUAGUAAUAUACCAUCUGCCCUACCCUCAGUCCUAUCAUUCUGCGUCCCACCUCCCUGCUAAAUUAGUCUAGGGCCGCUCCAACAGCUCUAGCAAACCUGCCCGCAAGAAUAUUAGUCCCUCUCGGGUUCAGGUGUAACCAGUUCCUUUUGUACACAUCAUACCUUGCCCAGAAGAGAUCCCAAUAAUCCAGAAAACUGAAACACUGCCCCCUGCACCAAUUCUUCAGCCAUACAUUCAUCUGCUAUCAUCCUAUUCUUACUCUCACCAACACUUGGCACAGGCAAUCCAGAGAUUACUGGCUCGGAGGUCCUGAUUUUCAGCUUUCUAUCUGGCUCCUGAAAUUCUCUCUUCAAGACCUCCACCCUUUUCCUACCUAUGUCGUUGGUGCCAAUGUGUAUCAAGACUUCUAUCUGCUCACCCACCCCCUUUAGAAUGCUGUGGACCGGAUCCCUGGCACUUGGGAGGUAACAUACUAUCCAGCUGUCUCUUUCACAUCCACAGAAUCUUGUGUUUACUCCUCCAACUAUAGAAUCCUCUAUCACUACUGCAGUCCUCUUCUCCCCCCUUUUGAGCCAUAGCAGCAGACUUAUUGCCAGAGACUCAUUCACUGCGGCUCCGCCCGGUUGGUCAUCCCCCUUAACAGUAUUCAAAGCAGUAUACUUAUUGAGGGGAAUAGCCACAGGGGUACUCUGUACUGGCUGUCUAUUUCCCUUCCUUCUCCUGACAGUCACCCCAGUACCUGCCUCCUGCAACUUAGAGGAGACACCCUCCCUGUAGCUCCUAUCUAUCAAGUCCUCAUUUUCCUUGUGCAAGACUCCCAGAAAGUUGAUUCUCAGGAUGAGUCUGUGGUAAAGAAGGCAAAAGGAAUGUUGGCAUUUAUUUCAGGGGGAAUAGAAUAUAAAAACAAGGAGAUGAUGCUGAUGCUUUAUAAGACACUAGUCAGGCUGCACUUGGAGUAUUAUCAACAGUUUUGUGCCCCUUGUCUCAGAAAGGAUGUGUUGUCAUUGGAGAGAGUCCAGAGGAGAUUCACGAGGAUGAUUCUGGGAAUGAAGGGGUUAACACGAGCAUUUGGCAGCUUUGGGCCUGUACUCACUGGAAUUUAGAGGAACGUGUGGGGAUCUCAUUGAAACCUGAUUGUUGAAAGGACUAGAUAAGGUGGAUGUGGAGAGGAUGUUUCCUAUGGUGGGGGGUCUCCAGAACUAUAGGGCACAGGCUCAAAAUUGAGGGGUGGCCUUUUGGAACAGGGUAAGACCAUAAGACAUAGGAGCAAAAUCAGGCCAUUCAGCCCAUUGAAUCUGCUCCAGCAUUCCAUCAUGGCUGAUCCCAGGUCCCACUCAACCCUACACACUUGCCUUCUCACCAUAUCCUUUGAUGUCCUGGCUGAUCAGGAAACUACCAACUUCCACCUUAAAUAUACCCACAGACUUGACCUCCACCACAGUCUGUGGCAGAACGUUCCAUAGAUUCACUACUCUCUGGUUAAAAAAAAAUUCUUACCUUUGUUCUGAAAGGUCACCCCUCAAUUUUGAGUGGAAUGGCAGUUGCAAUCUUCCAGUCCUCUGGGACCAUACCAGAAUCAAAUGAUUCUUGAAAGAUCAUGACCAAUGCAUCCAUUAUGUCUUCAGCAACCUCUCUCAGGACUCUGAUAUGUAGACCAUCUGGUCCAGGUGAUUUGUCUACCUUAAAAACCUAGCACUUUUUCCCUUUGUCAUGGAAAUGGCACUCACUCCUGCUCCCUGACACUCAUGGACCUCUGGUACACUGCUAGUUUCUUCAACAGAAAAGAAUGAUGCAAAGUACCCAUUAAGUUCAACUGCCAUUUCCUUUUCCUUUACUACCUCAACAGCAUCAUUUUCCAGUGGUUCAAUUUCAACUCUCACCUCCAUUUUACUCUUUGUAUAACUGAAAAAAACUUUUAGUAUCCGGCUUUAUAUUAUUGGCUACUUUUCCCUUCAUUGUAGCUUUUUUUAAAAUUGUGUUUUGAUGGAUUUUAAAAGCCUCCCAAUCAUCCAACUUCCCACUCACUUUUGCUAUCUUAUAUGCCCUUUCCUUUUACAUAGUCCUUAAAUUCCCUUAACAACCAUGGUUGCUUACCCCUAUCAAUUGAGAACAACUACUUCUGUGGGACAUGUCUAUCCCGUGCCUUGUGGACUAUUCCAGAAAACUUCAGGUAUCUCCACUCUGUCGUCAUCCCCGCCGGUAUUCUCCUCCAAUCCACCUGGGCAAGCUCUUCUCUCAUGCCUCUGUAAUUCCCUUUAUUUUUUUUUAAGUCAAAGAGUGGUGAAUCUGUGGAAUGCUCUGCCACAGAAUGCAGUGGAGGCCA